GAAAAUCCCAAACCCUACCUCCCCCCUCCCCUCCCUCCCCCGCUCGACCAGAGAACGCUCAAGGCUCGCUGGUCAUCGAGGAGCUCUCGCUUCCCCCUUCACACUCUCCUCUUCUCACUCUCUCGCCCUCUCUCUCUCUCUCUCUGCAAUUCACCGGGCGCUUCGACCUCGAAGUCGCGGCCCUCUCGGGCUCGUUCUCCGCGCGCACCGUUUCGAUCCCCGCGUCCCCCCGUCUCGCCAUCGGUUUCGGGUUCCCUUUUCGAGUCCCCUUUUCGGUUUCCCGAUGUGUAAUUAGGGCCGCGGUUGUGCCGCAGGAAUAGGGGUUUUCCGAUUGUAAGAUCUCGGUGUUUUUUUUUUUGGUGUCGAAUUGGGUCGUGGGAUAGGGGGGCCGGAAUGAUCGAGCUUUUUCUCGUUUGGUAAUUUCGGGUUGUAAUGGAGAAAGGGGUAGUUUUUUGAUUAGGGUUUUUUUUUUUUCUUCGGCGGAGAUGGAUGGCUUGCGUAGAUCGUUCGAUAGAUCGAGGGAAUUGGUCCCGAAGAAGCCGCGGCUGGCGGCGGAGGAGCUGGGCGGGCGGCCCUACGCUCUGAGGCCGGGGGCGCCGGUCGUGAACCCGCCGCUGGUGCAGCAGCAGCAGAGGUUCAAAUUGGCCGAUAGAGAAGUGGAGGGCAAUGAUCCGAGCAGCGAGGCGUACCAGCCGCAGCCCCUGCCGCAGCACCAGCAGCAGCAGCAGCACCAGGAGCUGGUGGAGCAGUACAGGACCGCGCUCGCGGAGCUCACGUUCAAUUCGAAGCCGAUAAUCACCAACCUGACGAUCAUAGCCGGGGAGAAUUUGCAUGCCGCCAAGGCGAUUGCGGGCACUGUGUGCACGAACAUUAUCGAGGUUCCAAGUGACCAAAAGCUUCCAUCACUUUAUCUGUUAGACAGCAUUGUAAAGAAUAUUGGGAGGGACUACAUUAAGCAUUUUGGAGUUGAAAUAGCGGAGGUUUUCUGCAAGGCAUAUAGGCAAGUUGAUUCUUCAGUACAUUCAGCCAUGAGACACCUUUUCGGGACCUGGAAAGGAGUCUUUCAUCCUCGAACUCUUCAAUACAUCGAAAGACAACUUGGCUUUGGCUCUACGGGUAACGGUUCGUUGGCAUCUACAACAUCUAGGUCUGAUUCACAGUCUCAACGCCCAGCACAUAGUAUUCAUGUUAACCCCAAAUAUCUAGAGAGGCAGCGGCUUCAGCAGUCAAGCGGAGCAAAGGUAAAUGAUGUAGCUGGUGCUUUGGCAAGCUCAUCUGAGGAUUUAGAGAGGCUGGAUGGAGCACCUAGUGUUAGUGGUGGACAUACAUGGGAGGAUCCGCCAGUGAAAACGCAAAGCAUUCAACGGUUGCAGAGAGAUUCUCUUGGUGAAGCAGUUCAAGAAAAGAGGAUAGGUGUAGUUUAUGGAAAUUAUGACUAUGGUUCUGAUACGUCAAGAAAUUCAGCACUAGGAGCUGGAAGAAUUACUGGAAAGAUUAGUGAGCAGGGACUUAGCAAGCCUUGGUAUGGAACUGGAGGUAGUGUUGCCCAAUCAGCAUCCAGCCAAAGAAAUGGUUUUAGUGGGAAGCAUGGGAUUUCGAGUUACCAGCCAUCGAAAACUGCUAGUGUCGAUUCUCAUCUUCAGCCAUCACAUGGCAUCACAAAUAGAAGUGGUGGGAUCUCUAGUAGCUGGAAGCACUCUGAGGAAGAAGAAUUCGUGUGGGAUUCUGUGGACCCUGGAUCUAUGGAGCGAGAUGUAACCAACGUCCCUAGUAUCUCAAGAAAAGAUCGUUGGACUCUCGAUGGUGCAGAGGAAAUGGGAUCAAUAUCUAACCUUGCAAAACCACUUUCAAAGGAUGGGUUUAUACAUACCGGAACUAAUUUAGGUGUGUCAGAGGGUUACCCUGGUAGAGUUGGUGGACUGUCAUCAAGUAUGGGUUCCUUUUCAAGGAGGGAAGUUGGAUCAGAGAUGAGAUCUCCUAACGUCAAACAAAUAGGCCCCGGCUUUUCUCCUAGCACAGUCUCCUCAGGAUCCACAGAAAGCCAACGUAUACAGUCUCUAGGGCCUGCAUCACCUUCUGGACGGUCAUUAGCAUACCAGCCUCUUUCUACUUCAGAUACACGCCUCACCCAUCAAAAGUUGCAAAAUUUGUCCGACCCGCGAGUACAUAUGUUGCCUCGCACUGAGUUUAAGACAGCUCAUCUGCCAGAAAAGUCAAGUGUAGGGCCAAAUAACCUUUAUAAUCAGGAUUCCUUGUCUAAGUUUCGCCUCAAGGAAUUGAAGCCUUCUCCUCCUUCUACAUUUCCUCUUCAAACAAGGCACCAUCGUCCUCAAUUGCAGCAGGCACGAUCAGAACCUGCAAUGCCAGAGAUAUUAGGUCAGAGCAAGAAGCCACUUCAAUCCGAAGUUUCUGAACGUGAUGCUUCUUCUGCCUCAGAAACGGCAAGACAAUCAAGUAAGGGUAGUUUUUUGGCUACCGAGAUUGAAGGUGGAGCUGUCUCUAGUGAUGCUGCUGCUAGGCCACCAAGCCCGAGUGCUGUGGACACGAGGUCUCUGCCAUCACGAGUACGUGCCAAGCCUCCAUCAUUGACUGGGCCUCCCCCCAUCGAUUUGGUCUCCCCUGAUUUGGGUGCUUCAUUGUCAACUCUCUUAGCAUCUCGUCGUGAUGACUCAUCUAUUUCAAGAGAUGCAUCUAAAGUGAAGGCGGGACUGCCCCCAGUGCCACCAGGUCCAACUCCAACUACCGUUGAUAAUGCAGCUGACAGGAGUUCUAGUGCAGUAGAAACAACCUUAAAUCCAGUGUCGAGUCUCUUGAGCACAUUAGUUGCAAGGGGUCUGAUAAAGCCAGAGUCAACUUCUGUGCCUUCCCAAAUGCCUAUGCAAGUGCAGGACGAGGCCAAAGAUGAUGCUACUGCUGGAUUUGGCCCAGAUUCUUCAGCUUCAGUUUCAACAGCUGUGCCGCUAUCCUCGACUGAAGACGAGGUACCUAUUGUGAAGCAAGUUACUGAGAGCUCUGCUCCCUUGCCUCAUUCGCCUAGGGAAAUAAAGAACCUCAUAGGUUUUGAGUUUAAGCCAUCUGUUGUUCGAGAGUUCAGUGAAUCUGUGAUCAGUGAACUAUUCGAGGAUUUUCCACAUAGGUGUGGCAUCUGUGGUGUGCAAUUAAAAUUUCAAGAGCACCUGGAUCAACAUUUGGCUUGGCAUGAUGCAAAAGGUGUACUUUUUGGUUCGAGGGGCUGGUAUUUAAACUUAACAGACUGGGUAGCUCGGAAAGAAUAUCUUCCAUCUGGAUCUGAAAAUAUUGUUUCAGAAGAAAAGAGUGGCGAGACGACUGAGAUGCAUGGCCCGAUGGUUCCUGCAGAUGAAUAUCAGUGUGCUUGCAUCUUAUGUGGUGAGCUCUUUGAUGAGGUUUAUAGCCUUGAAAGGGAUGAGUGGAUGUUCAAGGGAGCAGUCCACAUGGAUAUCCCAACUGCAAGCAGUACUAUGAUCGGCAUAAAAAACCAGAGUUCUCCCCAGGGUCUCGUCGUCCAUGCAUCUUGCGUAUCAGAAAGUUCACUGCAGGACCUGGGAUUGGCAAAUGACAUAAAGCUGGAGAAAAUUGCAUAAUGUGCGGGGUGUAGGAGCUGUCUGUAGUGCACUGUUGCCAAAUGAAGCCAAUUGAGGGAAAUCAGGUUUGCUCAUUGUGGGCCAGGAACUAUGGCUUGCAUUAAGCUAAAUUUUGUUAUGUUCCAAAUGGUGCUGAGAUCUGUUUCUUCCGCAUUGAAAUUUUCUUGCCUGUAAUGUUUAUAGUCUGAAGGAAAUACACAGAGAUAUUUGUUUGCGCCUCAAUUUUUCCUUCACUAAAGUGGUUUUUAUGUUGUUUCUCUCUCUCUCUCUCUCUCUCUCUCUCUCUCUCUCUUAACUAUAUGGAGGGGCUGUGCGGUUGGGGACUUGCAUCCGAUGCUUUAUGCCUGGCACUUUGAGCCUUCUUGAUUAUCCUCAAGUUGGAUGGAAUGUGAGCUUCAAGGCACCCAUUGCGCUGUCCCUUCUUUUCUGCAAAGAUCAUAGAUCCUGUAUCAAUACAUUCAGCAGUUUCCGAGGUUCUUUUUUUUUUAUUCUUUUUUCCUUUUCCUUUUUUCUUACAUUUGCUAGUUUCAUCUUCUUUUAGUUGUAUACAAUGUUUCGUCUCCUAGACCAAUGGGGACUGGAGGUUUUUUAACCCUUGAUGGAAGAAUGAAGUGCCCUCAAAUUGAUCA